GCGGCGCAUGUAACGACUGCGCAUGCGCGAGAUCCGCCUCCUGCAAACAUCAUGGCGCAGCAAGAGCCGAAUGGAGAUUUUCCAUAUUUACCGUCAGGGGCGGCCGGGGUGAACCGAAUGAUAAAGGAGCACAGUGACUUGUUCUCUGAUUCUCAGUGUAAAGUGUGUAGCGCUGUCUUAAUCUCAGAAUCCCAGAAACUUGCACAUUACCAGAGCAAAAAACAUGAGAGCAAAGUACGCCGGUACAUGAGCAUUCAUGGUAAUGAGGAGCCCAUCGCAAAACGGUUCAAGCCUUCAGGUGAUACCAUUAAUGUCGACGAAGGGGACAAAUACAAAGCCUGCAAUGUGUGCAACAUGACAUUCUCGUCCCCAGUAGUGGCACAGUCACAUUACCAGGGCAAAGUUCACUCCAAGAACCUUCGCUUGAAGACCUUUGGUCAGCAGACUCCUGCAUUACCUCAGCCCAAAGCGCAGGUGAAGAAGGAUGAAGGGCUACCUGAAGGUGGGCAGGGGCCAGCAAAGCAGGACCCCAACCGCUUCUGCUCCAUCUGCCAGGCUUCCUUCAACAAUCCACUCAUGGCUCAGCAGCACUACAAUGGCAAGAAACAUAAAAAACACCUGACUAAACAGAAGCUGAUGGAGACCUAUGGGCCGUCCUCUGCACCAGCCUCCACACUGAAGGGCUACCCAUGUACUGUGUGCGAUAUUGAACUGAACUCCGUGGAGCAGUACCAGGCCCACAUCAGCGGUUCCAAACACAAGAACCAUGGCAGACUCAAGAAAGGGCCAAAUGCAUUUCCCGGCCCCCCUGAGAACUACCAGCCCGAUUUCCAGUAUCCACCCAACCAGGAAGGACCAGAGGAUGCGGGGGACUGGGACAGCUUCAACGAGGGCUAUGAGUGAGAAGACGCUGUCAGACUCCGCUGCACUCUUCUCAUUUGUGACAAGCUUCUUCUGUUUAGGCACAGGUCAAUGUGUGUCUGCACUGUGCAUCUCCUAAGGCCAGCUUUUCACCACACUACAUCUCUUCCCGUCUAAUCUUGUCACUCUCACACACAGUUGAGGGACCACAAUAAACGUCGGAAAAAAUCGAAGGC